AUGGCCGCCUCGCUGCCCUGCCUUAGCGCAGGGCGUGCAGCCUCGAGGCCGUUAGGCCUGAGCCGCAGCUUUCUGCUGCGGCUACUGCUGCUGCUGAACUCCGGUUACAAAGGAGACAGCACCAAACCAGCUUGUGGCCAACCUUGGUGGCCGAAGAACUUGGACCUGUCUCGCCAUUGGCCCUGGGAAGUGAGCCUCCGAGUGGGAAAUGAGCACGUGUGUGGAGGGGCCCUCAUUGACCUCAACUGGGUGGUGACUGCUGCCCACUGCAUCGAAGGCACAAAAGAGUAUUCAGUGAUUCUUGGCACCUCCAAGCUGAUGCCCCCGAACUCCACAAGAACCCUCUUGAUCCCUGUGAGGGACAUCAUUAUGCACCCCAAGUACUGGGGCCGGACCUUCAUCAUGGGUGAUGUGGCCCUUCUCCAGCUUUACAAUCCUGUCAUCAUCAGCAAGUAUGUGCAGCCCAUCUGCCUUCCGGAGCCCAACUACAGCCUCAAGGUUGGGACACAGUGCUGGGUAACUGGCUGGGGCCAGGUUAAACAGCGCUUCUCAGCCAACUCCACUCUGGCCCCAGAGCUGCAGGAGGCCGAGGUGUUUAUCAUGGACAACAAGAAGUGUGACCAGAUUUACCGCAAGAAGUCCCACAUCCCCCGUGUUGUCCCCCUUGUGCUGGGGGAUAUGAUUUGUGCCACCAAUUACAAAGAAGACUUGUGCUCUGGGGAUUCUGGGGGUCCAUUGGCUUGUGAAGUCGAGGGCAGAUGGAUUCUUGCUGGGGUGUUGUCCUGGGAAAAGGCCUGCGCCAAAGUACGUAAUCCGGGCGUGUAUACCCGUAUCACCAAAUACAGCAGAUGGAUCAAGAAGCAAAUAAGCAAUGGGAUUCUCUCAGUUCCCUGCACUUCUGCCUGGCUCCUACUCCUGUUCUGGCUGCUGCAGCCCCAGAUGGGCCCCUGA